GUGCCUCCCCGAUGCCUCUGGAAUCUCUACAGUAAUCGGGUAGUACCAGAAUGGGUUAUCCCCAACUGGGGGAAGCUAUGGGAAAUAUCACACGCUUGGGUGGAUAAACGCAACCAGGUCGAUGUUCGGACACCCAUCAAUGGGUACAAAUGGCUCGUACCCAUCCCAAAAGGCGCCGACCUGAACCACAUCCGUAUUGAAAUGUUGAAUCUGGGAGCGGAGUAUGUAUGGUUAGAUGUUCUCUGCUUGAGGCAGAGUGGGCCAAACGAAGAUCUGCGCAAGGACGAGUGGAAGCUGGACGUACCAACUAUUGGAUAUGUCUAUCGCAUGGCUGAAAGGGUACCGUGUUACUUCAGUGGGUUGGGGCGACCCAUGAGCCUG